CAAGAUCUCAUCAAGAUGUAAUCCGUAAUUGGACGUACCAGUUGGCUCAGGCUUUGAUGGAUGAGUAUAAUGAGGAGCACCAUCUUCCGGAGGAUCGUGCACAUCAAGUCAAAGAAGUUGUGUGCAUCGAAGCAAUUUUUGAGGGUGAUGUGUUUAAGUGGUACACUCAUAUGAAUUUCACUACAACGGCUAAAGGAGUCGACGAUGGCAUCACCACCAAUCUAUUUUUUACUGAAGUCAUAUCUACGAAAGGAGAACUUGAGGAAUUGGUUCCCAGCUGUUUACGAAUGCUUGAGCCUUCUGAUAAUGGUACGUGCCAUGGUUGUGAAAAUAAUGGAAGUGGCGAGCAUAUGAAGCACCCCAAGGAUGCUUCUGAGUACACGGGUGGUCAUGUGAGGGACACAUGUUUUUUGCCGGCACCUGGAUUGCCCCCCAUGGAAUACCCUGUAGGCGACGAGGAUGAACUGCAUCGCGCUGAGGAGGCUAGGUUAAGAGCCGAGCUCACGGCCUAUGAGGAUGCAAGCUUUUUUGAAAAGUUCAAGGGCCCCCAUCCGGGCCCCUUUCUGGUCAGAGAACCUCUUGUUGAAACCGAAGAAAUGCGGCAGCUGUGGUUGGCUUUAGAGGGGCCCUGAAGUGAAAGAUGACAC